UUUUGUUUCUGCUUUUGUACAGUGACUUCUAUUUCACUUUUUUCUUUAUGUAUUUCCAUUUUACAGUUUUACUUCAGAGUGUUAGAAGGGAUCCCAUGGAGUUGUUGUAUGGUCUCUAAGAGGCAUUUUUUAAACUAUCUUUCUCUAAAUUCAGCUUCCUGAUGUUUUUUUGAGCUGUAAGUGCAUUUCUGGACUAUCCUUGGAUGCUUCUUGUGGAAUAUCUAUUGCAGGAGUUGUACCUUAGAGAAACUUCCUUUGGAGUUACAGUGUUAAACACUGUGAAUGCAAUUGUUCUUACUUUUUGAACAUUUUGUAUGUUAUAAUGAAAUAAUAAAUGAGGUUUCAUUGGUAGUGGUAUGAAUUAGUCUUUAAUUUUGUCUGUAUUCGAUAAUAUGUGAGAGAGACAUUUUUCAUAUCUAAGAUCAUAUUUUGUUAAAAUCAGCAUUUAUUACUGAUACUUUCCCCCCACUUCCAUUCUUUUUAAUACAAUGUCAUUCUUGUUUUUACAUCUGUUAGUGGAAAAUUAAUAUUGGUAAAUUCAUUUCUGAAUCUAGAAGUAGUUUAGCAAGUAGAAAACCUGUAAGCCUGGAUGGUUGGAAAUUCUCAGAGAUUGGUUCAUAAACUGAAGCCUGAGAAUUUCUUAAGGGAGACUUUGGGAGUAUCAUGAGGGAGAGAGGUUCUUUAUUAGAGGGAUGUAGGAGGCAAAUGAGCAAGGUAAACCAGAAUUCUCAUCAUAGACUUAUACAACUGUGUCUUAGUAUUCUUUUUGUUUUCAAAUCUUUCUCAGUAAUGUCACUGUACGUGUGUGCAUGUGGUUUGCAGAGCAGAAUAUUGUGACUUAAGUUCUGUCACAUAUCCAAGGAAGAAAACUGCUGCAUUAUUAUUAGCAUCUUUUGAGAUUUUAAUCCGUUGGACAUUUUCUUAUUGUAAAUAAUCUUGAGUUUUACUUGCACCAAAAUAUUGUAGGUUAUUUAGAAACCAGGAAUAUGUAAAAGUAGAACUUGUUUUUAAGGGAAUGAUGACAAGUAAUGCUAAACAAGAGUUGAAAAAUAUGUUUUCAAACUUGUGCCUUUAGAUCAAAAAACUUGAUUCAUGUUUAUUCUGAAAUGCCUGAAUCAGCAAGACUGUGGGAAGUGAUGCAUAACUGCACAACAUUGAUUAUGUCCUGCAUGUUCACUGCUCAGUCAGGAAGCCUGAAGCUUAAUGUCAAAUGCGUGGGUGAAGCAGUUAAACAGAGCAAAAUAAAUUGUUCUACUUACGUGCUGCUGAAUAGGGGCAUUAUCUUGGGAAAAUCUGUUUCAGUGACUUACUGUACUGUACAAUACUUGUUACUUGGGACUGAACCAUGAAUGUGAACUGUUAGGAUCCAAGCUCAAGGUCAAACAUUCACUCUUGUUUCUCUUCUGUAAUCCCUUGUUUCUCAAAAUGCAUUAAAAAAAUUGCAGAAAUUGUAGGAAUAUUUUUUUCCUUAGAGAUACAGACUGUGCAUCUCAAAAACUUCCAAGAAAGAGGGUAAACGUUAAUUCCUCAUCUGUAAAAUGGGCUAAUAACGUACUGAGAAGUAGAUGGCAAUAUUUAGAUUUCCUGGUAGGAUCACAGUGAGUCUUGAGGUUAUGUCUCUUGUUUUUAUAUUUUUCACUUUUCUAAAGCAUUCUCAGUCUCAUCGUCAAUGUCCUUUUAGAAUUUCCUGCUUAAUAUUCAGUAUUGUUGCAAACCAUGGAUUGACCAAUUUGAGUUUUAAAAACUUCACUUUCAGAUUGUAGAAGGUUGAGAGGAAGGAUGUCUACUAAUAAUAAUUUCCAAAUCAAGGAAAGAGUGAAGACUGCUGAUGUUUGGACUAGAUGCAGAACUUACACUUCUGUGGGAAUCUAGCUUCCAUUAUACAUUUUUUGAAGACAAGGGCUGUUCUUUGCAGGUGCUAUUACUAUUUUUCUUUCUUCCUGUAGUAUAUGAUUUAACAGCUGUAUUACCUGAUUUCUGAUUUAUUUGAAUAAAAUUUUGGUAUUAGAAAACCAAUGAAAAUAGUGUUAUUUUUCUCGAGCAUGCAUUUUAACUUUGUUAUUAGAAAUGUAUUUCCGUAUUUUACUCCAUAUAUUUUUGAAACUCAGUAAUAAGACUCUGUUUAUAUUCUUAAUAACUUUAUUCAUCAGUUGAAACACAUUUGUUCAACUGGAUGAUUUUCUAAUGAUCAGAUAGAAUGAGUUGUCCUCAAUGAGAAACAGCACGGUUACUUUUCCAAGGACAGUAGUUCCCUAAGAGCUGAAAAUAUUUAGGUGAAGUGUCUCUGUCAGGACCUGGUUUGCAGGCAUCAAUAGUAACUGAAUAUUCAUUUCAGUGUAUCCUUUCACUUACAUCGUAGGAAACAGUUUCUGGUGGAAAUUUUCAUCAGUUGUCAUCAGUAUCUUGAAAGACAACCUCUGCCAUGUGAAACCAGGAUGCACAGAUUUAGUGCAAGUUGAAACAAGACAUUCUGGUUUUGUAAUGAAGGUCUGACUAAUGUACAGGUGAAGGGGAAAAAAUGAUUUAUUGACUGUAUCCAUAAAUAACAUUUCCGUGCCUUUUUUUUUCCAGUUAGACCUUGAUUUGCUGCAAAAUGAAACCCUUCCUGUGACAAAAUUACUGUCUUUUACAUGUGACAUUGAUCAGUAUUACUAUACUAAAUGAUAUUUUGGUGCAUUUUUAAUAAAAAAACAUUUUAAACUCUCUUCAUAAUAAUUCUAAUUACAGAUAUAUUAUAAUACUAUGUCUGCACCUAAACCCUGUAUAGGUUUACAUCACAAUUGAAGUGUGCUGCAGCAUAUGAGGAUCUUCUCUAAUUAAAAAAUAGAAACCUUUUAGGUAUUAAGAUUUAGAUUUAGGUAUUAAGAUUUAGAAAUUAAGGUAGUUCUUCAUAUCCAACAUUGAAAGGGACUAAUUGAAUUAAAUUUAAAAAGGGAAAUUGCAGAAAUAUGAUUGCUUUUCCAGAUGAAGUUACUUGAUUGCUGUCAAAUUAUAGCACUAAUUAAGAAAAAUGCUCUUAAUAAUAAUAUGUUUUUAUUUUGCUUGCAUGUGGGACAUGAAGGAUCUUUGUCUUGACCUAGUGAUGCAGUUUUCUAGUUUGUGUGGCACAGAAGCAAAACAGAUCAUUCUUGAUUUAAAGCAUAUGAUGCCAGUGUUCCCUUUUAAUUCUUCAGAGGCUUGCAAUUUGUUACAGUACUGUUGACCUCCAGGAUGGUCUGCAAAUUCUGGGAUAAUGCCUGUUCUUCUUACUUUGAGUAUUCACACAGUUGCCAGGACAAAAGACGGGAGCAACGCUCAUUCACUAAAAUAUUAGUUAUCCUAAGUGAAUGUGUGGAAAUUUCUUCCUUUCCCUUUUUAUGCAUAUUCCUCAAACAUUUGUAAGUCACAGCUUUUCUAUUUGUAAAAUAAUUGUAUUGCUACUGAGCUUAAUAAAACCAUAUGCUUGUGUUGGAUUCAGCAAGGUCUUUUGCACAAUGUGAUUGUGAUCUAGGUGGGUGUACUGCUCAAUGGGUGGAAGCCUGGUGGGAUUUGGAGGAUGGUUUUGGAAGUGGCUGGUUGGCUGUAACUUGAGGCUGGUAACCAGUGGAGAACCCCAGCUGUCCACCAUAGGAUGUGUCCAGUUUAAUGUUAUGCAUGAAGUGGAAGUUCACCAGCCCUUGCUCAUGGAGUUUGCAAGUGACACCAAAGUGGGGGAAGGGGUGGCAGUGGAUGUGCUUGAGAUUCAGGCUGUCAUUCAGAAGGACUUGGGCAGAUGGGAGGAGCUGGCUGGCGAGAACUCUGUGGAAUUCAGCAAUGAGGAGGGUAAGGUUACACACCUGGGAAGGAAUGUUUCCUCAGAGGGGAAGGGUUCCUCUCACUCAGCACUUGUCAGACCACACCUGCAGUAUGCACACUUAAUCCAGUUUUGUGUCCACACUUCACCCCAGUACAAGAGAGAUGUGGAUAAAACCCAGCAAGUUCAGCACAAGGCUGCUGCAAUGUCAGGGAGUAGCAGCAGUGCCCUGGAGGAGAACGAAGUUUCAUGGGGGCCUGGCAGUGUGCUCCCACCAGCUGACAGACUAUGAGGAAGGGGGCAGGACCACAGGCUAUGGUCAUGACUGAAUUUUCCAGCCUGCUAAAGGUGCGGUGGAUAUACUAGAAUGGACACAGAGGAUUUCCCUCCACCACCACCAGAAGUUCUAGAACGUGAACCAAAAGCCGCGGGUCUGAAUGAUGAAGAGGAGGAUGAGGGAGAACAGUUUGAUUUUGAUAGUGGAGAUGAGAUACCAGAAGCAGACAGGCAAGCCCUUGUGCUACCUAUUCCUGGUCCUGGAAAUUACAUAGAGCACCAAGAGGCUGGUGCUGCAGGAGCUGAUAACUUAGAAAACACUGAGAAGCUGCAAACAUCAGAACCUGCUGCAGAAGGCACUCCAGCCAAAGUAAAUCCCUACUCAGUCAUAAAUAUUUCCCCAAUCCAAGAUAAGGAUCCAUCCUCAUCGCCAGAACCAAGUCCUCAAGAUGAAUGUGCAAGUCCCAGCCUGUCUGGUGGAUAUUCUGUUCCUGUGCCUUGUGGAUAUGCUGUGCCAUCCAACUUGCCUUUGAUACUGCCAGCAUACAGCAGUCCUGUCAUCAUCCGCAGUGUUUCUGUAGAUGAAGAAGGUACACAGUCAGCAACUGAAGAAUGUCAUUAUAAUUCUGUAAACCUGGAGGACCCUCAGAACAGUGAAGAUAACCAGACCAAGAAAGAGGAUGAUGCCCUGGCCAAAUGGGUUGCAGAUCCUGCAAAUACAGCAUGGAUGGAAAACCCGGAUGAGGUAAUUUAUGAUGAUGUGCCAAGAGAAGAUUCAGACUCUGAACCAGAGGAAAUGAUUUAUGAUGAUGUUGAAAAUGGUGAUGAUGGUGGAAACAGCUCACUGGAAUACGGGUGGAGUUCAAGUGAGUUUGAAAGCUAUGAAGAACAGAGUGAUUCUGAGUGUAAAAAUGGAAUUCCCAGCUCCUUUUUGCGAGGCAACCACAAGAGACAUCUUUCUCAUGACCUAACGCGUUUAAAGGAGCAUUAUGAAAAAAAGAUGAAAGAUUUGAUGUCAAACACUGUGGGAGCAGUAGAGAUUCAGCAACUAAAGCAAAAACAUGAGCUGAAGAUGCAAAAACUUAUGAGAGCUGCUAGAGAAGGUACCAAAGAUGGACUUGAAAAGACAAAAGCAGCUGUGAAGAAGGGUCGUUCCUUCAUUCGGACAAAAUCUUUCAUUUCUCAAGAUCAUAGAUCAUCUUGUCUGGAAGAAGAAGAGCUAAAUUUAUUUAUUGAUGUGGACUGUAUGCAUACAGAAGCAAUUAUGACUCCUAUGCCUGAAGGAUUAUCACAGCAGCAGGUUGUGAGAAGGUAUAUUUUGGGCUCUGUAGUUGAUAGUGAGAAGAAUUACGUGGAUGCUCUCAAAAGGAUCCUGGAGCAAUAUGAGAAGCCCCUUUCCGAUAUGGAACCAAAAUUACUGAGUGAAAGAAAACUUAAAAUGGUCUUUUAUCGAAUUAAGGAAAUUCUUCAGUGCCAUUCAAUGUUUCAGAUUGCGCUGGCGAGUCGUGUAUCUGAGUGGGACUCUGUUGAAAUGAUCGGUGAUGUCUUUGUUGCUUCAUUUUCUAAAUCUAUGGUAUUGGAUGCAUACAGUGAAUAUGUAAACAACUUCAGUACAGCAGUUGGGAUUCUCAAGAAAUCUUGUGCCACCAAACCUGCCUUUUUAGACUUCUUAAAGCAGUGUCAGGAGUCAAGCCCUGAUCGCAUUACACUGUAUGGUUUAAUGAUGAAACCUAUCCAACGUUUUCCACAGUUCAUUCUGCUAUUGCAGGAUAUGUUGAAGAACACUAAUAAAGGACAUCCUGACAGAUUACCUCUACAGAUGGCUCUUACAGAGCUCGAGACACUGGCAGAGAAGUUAAAUGAAAGGAAAAGGGAUGCAGACCAGCGCUGUGAAAUAAAACAAAUAGCAAAAGCAAUGAAUGAACGUUACCUGAACAAGCUACUCAGCAGCGGAAACAGAUACCUCAUACGGACUGAUGAUAUGGUUGAGACAGUUUAUAAUGACAAAGGAGAAAUUAUCAAAACCAAAGAACGGCGACUUUUCAUGUUAAAUGAUGUGCUGAUGUGUGCAACAGUGAAUAUUCGCUCUUCCUGUGAAAGCAGUGGCACCGUGACAACUGGCCAGAGGUAUUUAUUGAAGUGGAGCGUACCUCUGGGACAAGUGGAUGUCAUAGAGUAUGGCAGCAGUGAAGGCCAAGGAGACAACUGCAGGUUCCCACCCCAGCUCCCUGCUGAAAAUGUCAUCAUUAACUCUAAGCCAAACAAGCUCUAUAUGGGACCAGGGCAACUGUACCAUGAUCUGCAGAACCUUUUACAUGACUUGAAUGUACUUGGUCAAAUUAGCCAAUUAGUAAGCAGCCUUAAAGGAAACUAUCAGAACUUAAACCAAUCUGUAGCCCAUGACUGGACCUCAGGUUUACAAAAACUGAUUUUGAAAAAAGAAGACGAAAUCAGAGCAGCAGAUCGCUGUAGAAUUCAGCUGCAACUCCCAGGAAAACAGGACAAGUCUGGGCGGCCAACCUUCUUUACAGCUGUGUUCAAUACAUUUGCCCCUGCCAUCAAACAGUCUUGGAUCAACAAUUUACAAAUGGCUAAACUGGCUCUUGCAGAGGAUAACCUCUUAGGUUGGUUCUGCAUAGAAGAUGAUGGGAAUCAAAUCAAAAAGGAAAAACAUCCUCUCCUCGUUAGACACAUGCCAGUGAUGAUGGCCAAGCAACAGGAGUUUAAGGUUGAAUGUGCUGCUUAUAAUCCUGAGCCAUACCUUGCUGGAGAAACAGAGUCAGAUUCCUGUGCUGUGGAACAUGGUUUUCUUUGGAUUGGCAGUUGUACUAAUCAGAUGGGCCAGGUUGCAAUAGUCUCAUUUCAAAGCUCCAGCCCCAAGGUUAUUGAGUGCUUCAAUGUGGAAUCACGGAUUCUCUGCAUGGUCUACAUACCAGAGGAGGAGAAGCUGAAAGAGCAAAACAAAGCUCCAGACUCUGAAAAUGUUCUUGCAAAGACGUCUAAUGUGCCUACUAUUUGCCUUGGCAUGGAAGAAGGAAGCAUUUCUAUUUACAAAAGUUGCCAAGGCUCAAAGAAAAUUCGACUUCAACACUUCUUCACUCCUGAAAAAUCAACUGUUAUGAGCUUAACAUAUAGGUCUCAGUACUUGUUUGCUGGCCUGGUAAAUGGAAACGUCUCAAUCUACACAAAAGCAGAAGAUGGGACAUGGGACACAGAACCUCAGAAGAUAGUUAAAUUGGGUGUUCUGCCUGUUAGAAGUCUGCUUGUGAUGGAGGAGACCAUUUGGGCUGCAUGUGGUGGACAAAUUUUUAUAAUCAGCACUGUGACGCAUUCCAUAGAGAACCAUUUUGAAGCCCAUCAAGAGGAAGGGAUGGUGAUCUCUCACAUGGCUGUGGCUGGAGUGGGAGUCUGGAUUGCCUUCACAUCUGGAUCUACUCUUCGGCUGUUCCACACAGAGACACUGAAACACCUCCAGGAUGUUAACAUUGCCACACCUGUUCACAAUAUGUUGCCAGGGCAGCAGCGUGUCUCUGUGACCAGCCUCCUGGUGUGCCAUGGGUUGCUGCUGGUUGGAACAAACCUGGGUAUUAUAGUAGCAUUACCAGUGCCACGCCUGCAGGGGAUUCCCAAAGUAACUGGAAGAGGAAUGGUGUCAUACCAUGCACACAAUAGCCCAGUCAAAUUUCUUGUAACAGCUACAUCUAUAAACAAAAAGAACAGAAACAAAUUGAGAAACAGCCUCCCUCCUGGCUCGGAACCUAAGGACGAUGACCAAAAGAACAUUCUGCACAGUGAACGACCGGGCUCUUCCCUUAGUAACACCCAGGACACUGCAGUUUGGCUGGGGGAUUCAGCAGGGUCCAUUGCACAAAGAAGUGACUUGUCAUCAUCUUCUGGAUCCCUUACUUUGUCUCAUGGAUCAAGUUCCCUAGAACACAGACCAGAGGACAGUAACAUUUAUGAGCUUCUGAAGGAUCAAAAUAUCUCAUUUAAAAGUAAAAGACAGAAAUCUAAGAAAAUGAAAGCAAGUUCAGUAUUAGUAAUUUCUGGUGGCCAAGGACACAGAAGAUUGAACAAGAAGACCAAGCAGCAACGACAAGAUGAACUAGUGUCUUCAGUGAUGGUCUGGCAAAUCCCACUAUUAAAUAUCUAA